CUGUGGGGAAACGCAGAGCAGCAGAAAGGAGGAAAGCUUCCUUCUUCUGCUAACAGACAAUUAUGGUUAAUGUGGCAUGCUGAUAUUUCCUCGUAUUCACCACCACAUUUACUGUGGUAAUGCCACUAUCUCCUCACCAUUAGGUCUCACAACUGCUUUGUGAUUCCUUCCCUUUCCCUUUGUGCAUCCAGAAGGUGUCUAAGUGCUGGUGAGUUCUUCCCAGCAUUUAUAUAAAAAAAUAUAUUUCCAUAGGCUAGCAGCAAGUAGCUCUGUUUGUGACUUCAUGCAGUAUCUUUUCUCUCCUGCUUUUACUUCAUCUCGUCAGCGCACACACACAGAGCCCUCUUCAACUCCAUUAAAUUAUUGGCUAAAAUUAUCUUCUUGACCUGCUGAUCUGAACCUUUCUGCUUGCUUCUCCCACACUGAAACAAGUUUAAUGCUUGUGUCCUUUCAAGCUUCUACCUUGCUCCUUUGCUUCCUUCGUAUCUGACCUGCCCUCUGCUCCGUGACCGCCUGCUCCAUGGCCCUCUAGCCUCUCUUUGUGUCUGCCAAAGCUGGCUCAGGCCCUUUUGUGUCCCCUCUCCUCCACCUUACUUUAAGGAGCCGUUGCUGUGCUUAGAGUAAUGCGACCAGUGGGGCAGGGCUGCGGCAUUCCGGCGCUGCAGCGGCUGAAGCCAUGACACCUUUCCACAUCCCUACGUGUUGCCUACCCGGUGCUUGCACGAGGAUGGGCACUGCAGUGCUUGCUGUAAGGAAGUAAAAAUGAGCAAAGCACAACAAAACAUUUUUCAGCGAAAUGUGCAGGUGGAAACAUGUCUUCACACGGUUACAGGGCAGUUCGCUAUUGCUUUUCUAUCUGUCCUAGUUUGUACAUACCCUGCUUUGUUGCAAUAGAUCUAAAACAGCGUGUUGCGCUCCUUAGGGCAAGGGCCGUCCAUCUCUUUGUUCUGCAAAGCCUCCAGCACGCUUCCAACAAUCAGUUAAUAUUUCUUGACGUGGAGAGGAGGAUGAAGACAGGGUGCAUGCUUGAAAGGCAGAUGUCAUUAAAAUCCAGUGGAAAAAAGGCUAAAGUAAAGCUUAGUGCAGUGAUAACCUAGAUCAUGAAACAAUGAUUUCACUGUUGUAUGCAAAAUCGCUAUUAUAUUUUUGGUGAGGGCUGACUGGCUGUGAGAAACGAGCCCGGGCUGACGCCUGAGAGCAGAGCGAGUGCUGCUGCUGGCAGGGCUGCGGCAGGCGGGCAGCGUCCCGCUGAGCUCCGGCCCAUCCUCACCCUGCUCCCCAGCUCCGUGCUGAGCGCUGCCCACCCUGAGCGCGCUGCGGUGCUCCCCUGCGGGAGGGAGACUGCUGCGGCUUCAAAACCUCUGCCUGGAAAGCCCCUGCUCGGCACACGCCGGGUGGGAAGGUUGGCCCGGGCUGGGGAGCGCAGCCCCGGCAGCCGCAGGUGGCUUGUAGCCAGAGGAAAGCUGUCUGAUACUGCUCCAGAGGAUGGGAUUGUUCUAACACGAAAAUUAUAGGGCCAUGGCAGGUUUGUUGUGUUGUGACAGCACCUGUAAGUAACUGUGUGUACUGGAAGCCACUUUGCUCGUCUACCAAAUGUAGCUUGUGACUGUGGUGCUCUCAUUGCUGCUUUCAACUUCUUUUCCUGUUUGAUUGUUCCCUUAAUCAAAAGAAAAUGAACACCAAUUAAGCUACCUUACAAAGUGUGAUUUGUGUCAAUUAAGACUGCUGGUGUACCUUUGAAAAGCAGUGAUGCUGAGGCCUGGUUCACGUAGGACAUGUAAGAGAAAGGGGUGGAUCAAGCUUCUCGAGUAAAUGCAGUAAGAGCUGAGUUUGAUUAAUGCAAAUCAAAGUUUUCUUAUAAAGUGAGAUCCUCCUGUCUGAGAUAGGACGGCAGCCGGACAUGAACAUUACAAAAACGUUUUGGAAAUGAGAAGGGUGUAUCUGGGACUGUGUGUUUACAUGGGCAAGUUCACGCAGGUUCUCUUGGCAGAACACACAGCUUGUGCGUGCCCCUACAUGAAGCUUCCAGCAGCCCGAGGAACCUGCACGGGCAGCGCCUGCCCCAGCAGAGCCGCUUUCGGCACAGGAAGGCAGGCGGGCUGCGUGGAAGGGCUGUCGCAGGAGGCUUCUUCCAGGGGCCAAGUGUGUGCUCCGCGUUUUAACAACAAACAUGCUUCUGAACUACCUGCCUAGCAUUUCCUGAACAGGAAUUUAAUGAAGCAUUGGCAUUUGAAAGAAGAGAGGUUUAAAAUAUUGCUGUGUAUACUUGAUAAAACUAGGUAUUAGAAGACCUUUACAAGCCAGCCAGCACUCGCUUUAUGGGUGCAUUUUGCACCAAGCGCGCUCUUCAUUCUUCCCCUCAAAAGGCAAGGGGCACGGUGACCGAGCACCUCCUUCAGCAGCAGGGUGUCAGCAGCGGGCAGGGGGCUCCUGUGCGCUCAGAUGGCAGGUGCGCGUGGGGCGGCACGCUGCUGCACGGGCACCGAGGAACUGCAGCACCCGUGGGGCGCUGGAGGAGGAGGCUGAGGAACUGUGAACCCUGUGAGGCGCUGGAGGAGGCCGUCUGCCCGCAGCAUGGCUCAGACCUACCUGCCCAGCAGCUGGGCCCCCGCAGCCCUGUGCUGCAUUUGUCCCCUGGGAGAGAAGCGACCAAACGGGGCAGCCGCGGUCGGGUGCUCCUGGUGCGCGUGCAAGGGGCUGCACGGAGCAGGGGCUGGGCCGCUGGCCUCUCUCAGGAGGCGGCUGGCUUUCAGAAAUUAAAAGCGAACCAGAACGGUCAAAAGGCCUGGAAAGCCGGCAAGAAUUACAAAUAGGGAUUGAAAGCUAAAGAGAGAGAAAAUCUUAAUUAGAUCUCCACCAACCUGUAGAGAAACACAUUUGGAUUAAAAUGAAAUGGAGCUUUGUACUCUCAGGGUUUCUGAGCAAGAAUGGAAGAGGAAUUAUUCACAAUUGCUAUUUGUGAAGCUGGAUUGCUUUUUCUGUGAACUUGUCUUUUUAAAUUUUCACCUUGUCAGAAAAUGUUGAAAAGCUGCUGGGAUGCUGUAUUUGGGAUAGUUCUUAUCACAGGACACGGCAGAAACAUUUCCAUGGCUGCAGAACACAGGCAGGGUUUCCUAUUUAAUCCUCUCCUCCCCAAGGUAACUCCAUUUCUCAUUUCGUAGGCCAGCCUGUCCACCUUUCAGUAGAGUUCAGCAAAACUUGCCUUCUAUUUCACCACCACAGAUAUUUUCUCUUUGUGAAUAUCUAUCAAUAUUUAAUACAGUGGUGUCGGUUUUGCCGUAAGAUGAGAGGAACUACUAGAAGCCUUGAAUUAUACAUGGUGUGUCUGGGGGAAGCUGAGGAGAGUUUUCUUUUGGACCCAAAGCUCUUUCAGUUGAUCUCCAGGACCUGCGACUUGAAAUCGUAAUCAUGGAUGAGCACCAGAAGAAGCUCAGCCAAAGGCACGAGGGAAGGCCCCGCAAAGUGAGGUUCAAAAUAUCAUCAGCCUACAGCGGUCGAGUGCUAAAACAAGUCUACGAGGACGGGCAGGAGCUGGAGCCCCCAGCCAAAGAGCAGUCUCGGCGUUUCCUCCGGCACAGCUUUGAGCCAGGGAACCGUCCCUGCGCGGCGGGGGACGCGGCAGAAGGCAGGCUGUGCCCGCCAGCCAAGCUGAGUGCCCAGCGGAUCAGCAUAUUCAAAGAGGAUAAGAAAUACAGCCUCGCCAGCACCUCGCCUCUCUUCAGCGACUGCCCCUCGAGUGACGGCCACUGCAGGGCUUCCCCAAUCAUAGAUUUUGGCAAGAUCAUCAUCUACACAAAUAACCUGAAAAUCGUCCGUGCACCAAUGGACCAGAAAGAGCUCAUGAGAAGAAUCGUCCAGACUGAGGGAAUAAAUGACUGGGCCUUCAUAUACCAGGAAAGGAAAGGCAGAAUUGGCACUGGACAUAAAAAAGAGGUGGAGAAAAAGGUUGCCUGCAACCAGUACAUGCAGGAAGGCGAUGCUGAACACACUUGUUCCCAGUGUAAAGGAUCAGGCUCUGCUCCUUGCUCGCUGUGCCAUGGAAGCAAGUUUUCAAUGCUAGCAAACAGAUUCAGAGAGUCCUACAGGGCUCUCCGAUGCCCAGCUUGCAAUGAAAGCGGCCUGCAGCCCUGCCAGAUCUGUGCUGCAUGACCAGAGCUGCAGCAGUCUACAAGCACCGCACCGAUAUUUUGUUGAGAACUUUGAAUUAUUUCAUCUUCAAGCAGCCUUGCUCUAAUAGAAAGAUUUUUAAAGAUGAGAAAGGCGCCUUAUACACGUCUCACCGUAAAUGCGAACACAGCACCUCUGCUACCAACUGUUCCUCUUGUUUGUUGCACACAUCUGUUCAACUUUUUAAUCAGCCCAGACCCCGUUUUGCAAACAUGCUGCUUGUAGCCCUGUGGCGUGAACAUAUCCAGGCUGCUACAUGACACGAUCUGCGCUUAGAUGUAAAGAACCUGUGUAAAUGUCUCCUGCAUCAGGAGCUCGGCCUAGAUCUGCUGGCACUGCCCGUCAAUGCUGUUGGGAGCCCAGCACAGACGGAUCCCCGCCAGCAGGCACUGUGGUAGCACAACGAAAAGCAGCAGCAGAAGGCGCAGCUUGGGCACAUCGUUAACAGUCAGGGUGUGAAGUCUGUUUGUAUGACAGCGGGGAAGAAGCAGAGUGGUGCCUCCUCUGGGUUUUAAUUUGCUGAACAUUUUAACAUUACACCAUCUUUUGUGAUUAACUCUGAACUUGCCUUGCAGUGUCACAAGUGUUUCCUGAAGACUUUGCUGAUUCUUACAUCUGCUUUAACGGACACGAUGAUUCCUGUGGGGUCUGAUUUAUGGGGGGAAACUGAAAACUCUUCCCAAAUCUGGAGCUAUAAAAAUGCACAGUAAUUUAUUAUUAUAAAUAGAAGUUAAUGAGUUUUUAGCCUACUUAUGAGGAAGUGCUGAACUAAAAUUCCCCUCUCCAAUGCUCAGCACUUUUCAGCAUCAGGCUGGUGGUGAGCAGGAUUUCUGUUGCUUAAUAUUAAUCCCAUGUUGUAAUCUGCAAGAGGUAAACUCUAAUUAGUUGAGGUGAAGCAAUGAUGCUGAAUACUUUGCAGGCUGCCACUGGUGGUGCAGAACACAAGGGCUUCAAAAGGUGGAGGCUAACAGGGGAAAUGUUUUUUUUUUUUUUUACUUCCCAUAGCCUUAAAUCAUUACAUUUCAUAUUCAUGAGUAAUGGUAAUGCAGCCUUAACUCGCAUAUUACCUCUGAGACUGACGAGUUAAGAGACUGCUCGCACAUUCUUCGUGCUGAGGUUGCAAGCCUAGGCAGGGUAGUUUAUGGCCAAGUUUCUACUUCUCUGUGGUAGGCUAUAAAAUUUCUCCCCAAUACUUAAAUUACUAGAAAUAAUGCCCUUAUAGCUCUUAGACUUCCAUAUGUCUCCUACCGAAAUUUUUCAGUGGGUACCAAGGGCUUAAUUAAAAAUAAAUAUAAAUAUAGCAGAUACUUGAUUUGCUUCAUUUAUCACACCAGGAUCUGCAAUAUGCAUAAAUGUGGCCCUUUGGGUAUUAACUGAGGUCAGAUGAGACCUCAGAAAUCAGGAAUUGAUGUCAGGCAGCUCUCCCCCUGCAAGCUGGCUCGUUUGAUCUCAGUCUGUCGGUCUCAUUUAAAAGUUUGCCAGCUUAAGAUAAGAAAGAAGCAACUAGGCAAAGCUGUUGCCCGAUACUUGAAUGUUUACAGUAAAACUAGAUGCAAAUACGCAUUUACGAAGUCAGUAUUUAUUGUCCUCCAGCAAUUACAUCGCUCCUCGGCCACCAGCACUCCUCCCGGCCGCACCAGCGCGGCGGAGGCCCGGGGGCAGGUGCCGGCGCGGGCCGGGCUGGCCGGUUUUCCAAUAAACGCUCUGAUUCCACGCGGGGCUGUUUGAUCGCUCCUGGGGCUGCUGUGGGCGCCCCCGGCUCCCCGCAGCACACCGCCCCCGGCACCGCAA